AAACACAAAUUUCCCUCUUCUUUCUUAUUCAAUACCCUGUACAAGUCGCCCUCGCCGCUUCAACGAGCUAUCAUCUUCAAUUCCUUCCAGCUAUAUACAGUGUACACACAUUCUGGACCUCCCUCGCCCAGCUCCCAAACGCAGCGCCGGAACCCAGCCCACACCAGGAGGCGGCUCCAUCUCAACACCCAACACGUACUCACCCACGACCCUCAACUCCAUCAUCUCCAUCACCUCUAUAGCAACCUCCACACCCAUCCUGAUCAUCACCGUCUUGCUGCUACCCACAUCCUGGUCACUUCCAAGGCCUUCCAUACCCAUUCCAUAUGGAACCAGCCUUUACGCCACGGUAAACACCAAUUCUCACUACAACUUCACAUCUCCGUACAAUCAUACGUUCUUCCACCUCCAACACACCACACCACAACAUCAUCGCCUCUCAGAGCCUGUAAUCACCAUUCUGGAACAACACCCAUAGAUAUCACCACCGCAAUCAUCUCUUCUCAAAGCCCAUAGCACCACAGCGCCUCAGCUCACGGAGCACCACACACCUCUAUCCGCAUCGAACCACACAUCUCUAUCUGCAUGGAAGGCGCCGCCCACGCAGACACUACGCCACAACCGACGAACACCAACGUUACAACAGGCGAAAGUUCUGAUGAACAUGCAAUUGAUAUUGAAGUUUGGUAUGGUGAUAAAGCGUCAAAUAUCGAAAAAGAAAGGACUCCUUGUGAAAGUAGAUUACCAAGGAUACCAAAGGUUCCCGAUACUUUGAGAAAUAGUCAAAAUAUAAGAUUGCUUCCAUGGAUUCAACCAAGCGUGGUUUCAAUCGGUCCCUACUACUAUAACAAGAAUCUCCGGAAAGCGCAAAAGCUGAAGUCUGUGCAUGCCGAGAAGUUCAUUAGGGAAAGUAACCAGGAGAAAUAUGAUUUGUACCGCAAAAUUAAAACAAAGACACCCCAACUGAGGAAGUGCUAUGAUAACCCGCAAAUAUCCGAAUAUGACGACAAUCAGCUGGCCACGAUGUUCUUACUGGACGGGUGUUUUUUACUACAUUUCAUCAACUUCAGCAGCAAGGAGGAUGGGUUCAGUAAUUUCGAUUUUACAAAUCAUGAAAUUGCUUAUAUAAAACAGGACUUGUUCUUGCUGGAGAACCAACUUCCCUAUGAGGUCCUCGAGCUGCUGUUAAAGGACGCAGAAAAUUCAAUUCCGAUGAAAGGAAAGAUAAACGAUUUCGUUGCAUCUCAUGUCCCCUUCCCUCGAGGAAUAUCAGUAGAAGAAGACAAUCAACAACCCUGCCAACCCUGCCAUCUGCUCCACUAUUUGCAAGGUGUCAUUUUAAACAAACCGGAAACAAGUAGCCCACGACAAAAACAGGACAAAGAAUGCAAAAGGCGUAGGAUACCCAAAUGGCCCUCAUGUAAAAACGUCCAGGAGCUUAGGAAAGUGGGCAUCCAUUUUAAGCCCAGUCCCACGAGUUACUUGACAGAUAUUUCUUUCAAGUCUCACUCUUGCACCUCCGGAUGCCUCAAGCUACCUAUCAUUUCCAUGAACACCUCCACUAUGAUAAUUUUCUUAAACUUGGUAGCCUUCGAAUCCUCUAAUACCUCCGAAACUACCACCAACAACGUUGGCAUAAUCUCUUACCUAUGCUUCCUGGAUUCACUCAUUGAUCGUUGGGACGAUGUGAAGGAGCUUCAGGCAGCCGGAAUACUCCGUAACUUUGCCGGGGAACAAAUAGAAGUCGCCCAAUUUUUCAACAACGUGUGCAGCAAAUUGGUGCCGAAUCUUUCUCCGUAUUACGAUGUGAUAAUUCAGAUUGACAAUCAUGUUAAGAGGCACGACAAUAGCAGAUGGCGGAAGGGUUAUAUUCAGUUCAAGCAAAAAUAUUUCAGUAGCCCCUGGAGUUUCAUCGCUUUGAUUGGUGCAAUUAUAGGACUAACGCUUACUGGCAUUCAGGCUUACACUUCAGUCUUCUCCUAAUAGUCCAAAGACUCAAGCUCUAUUUCCAGGUAUCCUAUCACUCCCAACUCCCCCUCGUCUUGUCUAUAUACCUGCAUUACUCAAAAUUGAUUGCUUUUCUUUCCACUUUCUACCUAGCCCAAGAAACAGCUCUUGCUCAUGCCAAGGGGCCUAUCCGAAGAGUUGGCUCUGAGGCGUCAUCUCGUGCAUGUACUCAGGCUUAUACAUGUCAGUCUAUCAUGCUUAGCUACUUGUCUUAUUUUGGAGUGUUUUAUAUUUUUACGCGGGACUUUGUUAAAUAAAG